AUGAUGUUUCUUUUGUUCCUUAGCGGCUUGAGUCCAGCAAAUGACAGCGGAGCCAAAAAGAAGAAAAAGAAACCCAAACGGAAGAAAGAGAAAGGAGGAGAUCAGCCCGACCAGGCUCAGGACCAGCCAGUGAAGGUGAACUCUUUACCUGCUGAGAGGAUCCAGGAGAUUCAAAAAGCCAUCGAGCUCUUCUCUGUAGGUCAGGGCCCUGCCAAAACCAUGGAGGAAGCCAGCAAGAGGAGCUACCAGUUCUGGGACACGCAGCCAGUGCCCAAGCUAGGAGAAGUGGUGAACACCCAUGGUCCUGUUGAGCCAGACAAAGACAAUAUCCGUCAGGAGCCAUACACUUUGCCCCAGGGCUUCACCUGGGAUGCCCUGGACCUUGGGGAUAGGGGCGUGCUGAAAGAGCUGUACACGCUUCUGAACGAGAACUACGUGGAGGACGAUGACAACAUGUUCCGGUUCGAUUACUCUCCCGAGUUCCUGCUGUGGGCACUGCGUCCUCCGGGCUGGUUGCCCCAGUGGCACUGUGGAGUCAGGGUUGUCUCCAGCAAGAAGCUGGUUGGGUUUAUCAGCGCGAUUCCAGCCGCUAUCCACAUCUAUGACACAGAGAAGAAGAUGGUAGAGAUAAACUUCUUGUGCGUCCACAAAAAAUUGCGCUCAAAACGGGUGGCUCCAGUUCUGAUCCGUGAGAUCACGCGGCGGGUUCAUCUGGAGGGGAUCUUUCAGGCUGUUUACACUGCGGGAGUGGUGCUGCCAAAACCUGUGGGGACUUGCAGGUACUGGCACCGGUCCCUGAAUCCUCGGAAACUCAUUGAGGUCAAAUUUUCCCACCUGAGCAGGAACAUGACUAUGCAACGUACCAUGAAGCUUUACCGGUUGCCCGAGACUCCCAAGACUCCCGGCUUGCGGCCAAUGGAGCACAGAGAUAUCUCCGCAGUGCACAAGCUCUUGACCGAGUACCUGAAGCAGUUCCACCUGACACCCGUCAUGAGCCGAGAGGAGGUGGAGCACUGGUUCUUACCUCAGGAGAACAUCAUCGACACCUUUGUCGUAGAGAGCACCCCAGGGGAGGUGACAGACUUCCUGAGCUUCUACACACUGCCCUCCACCAUCAUGAACCACCAGACUCACAAGAGCCUGAAAGCUGCUUACUCCUUCUACAACGUUCACACCAAGACGCCUCUCAUCGACCUCAUGAGUGAUGCUCUCAUACUUGCCAAGUCGAAAGGAUUUGACGUCUUCAAUGCACUGGAUCUCAUGGAAAACAAAACCUUCCUGGAGAAGCUGAAGUUUGGGAUUGGGGACGGGAACCUGCAGUAUUACCUGUACAAUUGGAAGUGUCCCAGCAUGGCACCAGAGAAGGUCGGACUGGUGUUGCAGUAA